AUGGCAGAGAGAAUUAUUGCAGUUGAGGAACGCUUGGGACGUGUGGAAACUAGUAUUGAGGAUUUGCGUACUUUCAUUGCUGCGGAGAUUCAACGGGCGAUGGUGAAUCAUGAAUCACCUCAGUCAAGCGGUACAACGGUUACCUCGUCGUUGGAUGAGUUUCGUUUGUCCUCAAAGAAGGUGGAGUUGCCAGCAUUUACCGGCGACGAUCCGGUGGCGUGGAUCACUCGUGCUGAGACAUACUUUGAAGUACAACGAAUCUCUCAGGAUGUUCGUAUUCAGUUGACAAAGUUAAGUAUGGAAGACCCUACUAUCCAUUGGUUUAACCUAUGGCGUGAUUCAACAGAGGAAUUGUCAUGGGAGAAACUCUAUGAAGAAAUGAUGGCGAGAUUUGGAGGAAGGCGUUUGGAGAACCCCUUCGAAGAACUCAAGGAUUUGAAGCAAUCUGAGACGGUGGAGGAUUACAUCGCCGAAUUUAAAUUGUGUUCAUCUCAGUAUGGAAGGUUACCAGAACAACAAUUUCUGGACUAUUUUAUUGGUGGUUUACAUCACGACAUCCAUUCUCGGCUAAGAACGUUCAAGCCGCAUAACCGGUAUGUGGCGAUGCAAUUGGCACGUGAUGUGGAACGUGAAUUUGCUGAAAAUUCAGGUCAUGGAUCUGGUUCACGUUACAAGCCGGGUCAUGGCUCUUGGACAAAAUCUCAAAAACCUAAUUGGGCUUUUCACGAAGGGGAAGGAAAGGGAUCUGCAAUUCAGACCCACACUAAUAACUAUUUGGGCAAAACGCGUACUAGUUCGGGUUCGGGAUCUCAAACCGGGUCAACACGCCCUACUAAUUCUACAACAUCUUCUCGCCCAAAUUUAGGUGACAAUUUGCGCCGUCAUUCUCGUGGUGUCCGCCAUCUACCAAGUGCAGAGGUUAAUGAGCGUCGUGCGAAAGGACUCUGUUUUCGUUGCAGCGAACGAUGGGAUCCUCUCCAUCAAUGUGCAACAAAACAGUUACGAUUGAUUAUCUUAGGGGAUGAUGAAAUUGUCAACGAUGAAGGAGAGAUUGUCGUGUUAGAGGCUGAGUCGGAAGAAGAUCUCACACAAGAGGAAUUAGAAUGUAAAACUAUGGGACUGUUUGGUGUAUCCACUAAUCUAAACCAGGUCCGGACGAUGAAAUUGGAGGGAUGUUUACACGGUGCAUCUAUUCUGGUUCUUAUUGACAGUGGAGCCACACAUAAUUUCAUAUCCCCUAAGGUGGUGGAAACCCUCGGAUUGCCUAUGGUGCCUUCUAAUCCCUUGGGUGUUAAGUUAGGAGAUGGUCAUCGUGUCCUACCUAGGGGUAGAUGCAAUGGAAUUCAGCUGAACAUGGGAGCGGUGCAGAUUUGUUUUGAUGCUUAUGUACUGGAGUUAGGAGGUGUGGAUUUGAUUUUGGGAGUUGUGUGGCUGGAAACUUUGGGGAAGGUGACCAUGGAUUGGAAAGAAAUGUCUAUGGUGUUCAACCAUAAGGGCAGUAUGGUGAAAUUACUUGGUCAAGCUGUAGAUGAUACGAUGGCUACAUUCCAAAGCAUUAUCACUCCUUCUCGAAUGAUAGCAGGUUGUGAAUGGCCUACCUUAAUGAAGGUGCUAGGAUCACCGAUGUCACGUGUCUCUGAUCAUCAGACUAAGGAGUUGGGAGGAUUGUUGGAUCAUUUUGUUAUUGUGUUUAAAGAAAUUCAGGGUCUUCCUCCGCCAAGAAACACUAGCCAUUCAAUUGAACUUUUACAUGGUGCUUGUCCAGUAAGUGUGCGGCCUUAUAGAUAUCCUCAUUUACACAAGGAUGAACUUGAAAAACAAAUCCAGAGCCUAAUGCAACAAGGGGUGGUGAGAAACUGCACCAACGCUUUCUCUAGUCCCGUCAUUUUGGUCAAGAAGAAGGAUUAA